CUUCCCCUUCUUACCCUGCUCAGAUCUUAGAGGAUUACCUGCUGGUGGAAGAUGCACCUCUGCUGGAGGAAAUGGCCGAGGAGGAUGAAGAGUUUGACCUGUACAACGAGAUGACUUUUGGGUUAGAUCACGACUCCACCGAAGAGGAUGUUGCAAAAGCCCUGGUGCUUUCAGAGAAGCGCCCCGAGCUGGCUGGGGUGGAGGAGGCCAAGGCCGCCGAGGAGCUGGAGCCCAGAGCCCAUGAGGAGCAGCUGCUGCUGGAGGAGCUGGGAGAGCCCCAGGGGGAAGGAGCACUGGAGCUGGAGGCCGAGCAGGUCGACUAUAUGGAGGAGGAGGAGGAGGAGCUGGGCACUGAGGAGCCAGAGGAAGAGCAGGAGCCUGAGGAGGAGCCCAACGACCUGGGAGACCCAGCGGUGAUGAGAGCCGUGCAGAGCAAGCCCCCACUAGAGAGCCAGGACUCGGCGGUGCUGGACAGCAGGAUCGGCUCUGCCUGGGCAGAGUUUGGCAAGGAGGACGUGCUGGCCGUGGAUCCUGCUGCGUGGAGCUCCUGCCCCGGCAGCCUCCCGCCCCACCACGUGCUGGAGGACAAAGCCAUCCUGCAGGUCCUGGAGCGGCCUCCUCCUGCCGCCAACGUGGCCCUCGACUUCCUGGGCUCCCCCGUGCAGAGGGGCUUCGCGGGCUCGCCUAGGCUCAAGCGCCCCAACUUCCGAGUGAUGUCCCCCAAGUCCUUCCCCCAGCGCUUCCUCCGGCAGGCCACGGGGUUUGCAUCUCCAGCGCCUUUCAGGCCCGUGUCGCCCAACCUCGGCACCGCGCCACGGCCUCUCACCAUGCACUUUGGCCCCAUGUCCCCGUCGCUGGAUGCCUCUCUCUUCUUCAGCCCAUCAGCCAGCGGCCAGCUGAACCUCAGCGCGCCCAGCCACAUGACGCAGCUGCACCCCCAGCACCAGCGGAUCCUGACACAGCGGCAGCAGCAGGGCGGGCAGGCGCAGAGUGUCUCCCCCAAGAAGCUGUGGGCUCCUAAAGUAGACCCUUACGGUGGGCUCAUGACAAGCAAGGAAAAGGACUGGGUCAUCAAGGUGCAGAUGAUCCAGCUCCAGAGCGAGAACAUGGAUGAUGACUACUACUACCAGACCUAUUACCACCGGCUGGAGCACAAGCAGGCAGAGGAGGAGCUGCUCGGAGGACGCAACAAGCAGGAGCCCCCCAAGCUGGUCACGCCGUUUAUCCAAAAAGUGGAGACCUACGACUCGGUGGUGCGCAUUGCAGGCUCGCUGGGCCAGGUCGCUGUGUCCACCUGCUACAGCCCUCGCCGCGCCAUCGAUGCUGUGCACCAUGCCCUCGUGGAGGAGGCUGCGGGGAGCCACCGUCUUCGAGCACUGAACAGGAUUGAGAGGAUGUUCCUGCAGCUGCUGGAAGUAGAGGAGAUGCAGCGGAAGAUGUCUCUGGCCUCGGAGGAGCAGCAGCCCUGCUUUGAGGAGCAGAAGAGCCAAGAAGUGGACCGCAUCUACCAGACCCUGAAAAUCAAGGCCUGCAGCAGUGAAGAGGAGGCAGAGGACGAGUUCCUACAAGUCCUGUGUGUUCGGAAGGGCAAGAAGCUGACAGCUCGGCUGCUGCCCCACCUGGCCGAGGAGCAGGCAGAGAAGAUCCUGCUGACCAUCACCCACCACCUGCCCUUCCUCAUGAAGAAGGACGUGCUGGACGAGUCUCUCCCCCUGCUCUACGGCCCUCUCAAUGAGCUGGUGGGCAGGACGACCUUCAGCAAGCUCAUCGAGGUGCUGCAGGAGAUGACCAGGCCUCUCCCCGAGUCCGCCGAGCUCCCGCUCACCUUGGCCCUGAAGAACCAGUUUGGGAUCUCUCUGCUCUACGCCCUGCUGAGUCACGGCGAGAAGCUGCUGUCCUCCGACACGCCGCUGGAGCCGCACACGGGGGACUUCGAGAAGUGGACUGACACUGUGUUCCUGGUUGCUCGGGAACUCUCUCAAGUACCCAAGACCUCCCUCGUGGAGCCUCUCUUCUUGCCCAGCAACCUUCUCUCGCUCUUCUGCCGCUACCUGGACAAGCAGACCAUCCACCACCUGGAGGCCAAGAUGGAGUGCUCUCCACUGCCAUCGGAGGCUGCCAUGCCCUGCUGA